AUGAAGUUCUCCUUGGUGGCACUGGCAACCCUGGCUGGUGUUGCUGUUGCCGAUUUGGAUCCCAUCGUCAUCAAGGGCUCCAAGUUCUUCUAUUCCAGCAAUAACACUCAGUUCUUUAUGCGUGGAGUUGCCUAUCAAAAGGAAAGUACGAGUAGCAGUGGCUACACUGACCCUCUGGCCGAUGCCACCGCGUGUGCGCGUGAUGUUCCUAUCAUGGCGGAGCUGCGCACCAACGUCAUCCGUACCUAUGCCAUCAAUGCCUCUGCUGACCACUCGGCGUGUAUGAAGCUCUUGUCUGCCGCCGGUAUUUACGUAAUCUCCGAUUUGUCGGACCCCAAUCAAUCGAUCGAUCGAAGCGAUCCUUCGUGGGAAACCGAUCUCUUUGCCCGAUACACCAGUGUUAUCGAUGAACUUGCCCAGUACAACAACACUAUUGGUUUCUUUGCUGGAAAUGAAGUCUCCAACACCGUUUCUACUUCCGACGCUAGCGCUUUCGUCAAGGCUGCUGUUCGUGAUACCAAGAAGUAUAUCAAGAAGAAGGGCUACCGCUCUAUGGGUGUUGGAUAUGCUACCGCCGAUGUGUCCGCUAUCCGUGCAGACAUGGCCGACUACUUCAACUGUGGAGACUCCGAUGACACAAUUGACUUCUGGGGAUACAAUAUUUACUCGUGGUGUGGUAAUUCCACCUACGCUGAAUCCAAAUACCAGGCUCGCACCGAAGAGUUCGCUAACUAUUCCGUCCCUGUCUUCUUCGCCGAGUACGGUUGCAACGAGGUCACGCCCCGCGAGUUCACCGAGGUGAAGGCCUUGUAUGGCGAUACUAUGGCUGAAGUCUGGUCCGGUGGUAUUGUGUAUAUGUAUUUCCAGGAGGCCAACAACUACGGUCUGGUUUCUGUCGUCGAUAGCACUAGUGUCAGCACUAUGGCCGACUUCAAAUAUUAUUCUAGCGAGAUCGCCAGCGCCAACCCUACUGGCGUCAACAAGGCCUCCUACACUCCCACCAACACUGCCCUGCGAAGCUGCCCUACCGUCGGAUCUGGGUGGGCCGCCGAACCCUCCCCUCUGCCCCCUAUCGCCGAUAUUGAUCUGUGCGACUGCAUGUAUGAUGCUUCCGCCUGCGUUGUCGCCGGAUCCCUCUCCUCCACGAAGUACGCCAAGCUGUUCAGCACCGUCUGCGGCUACACCGACUGCAGCGGACUGACAGCCAAUGCUACCACCGGCGAGUACGGUGCUUACAGCAUGUGCACAACCAAGCAGCAACUUGCCUUUGCUCUGAACAAGUACUACGUUGAGCAGAACCGUGCUGCUGAUGCUUGCAGCUUCGACGGAUCUGCGACUGUCAAGGCUGUUACCAAGGCUACUGGCACUUGCUCUACGCAGAUGAAGGAGGCAGGAACUGCAGGAACUGGAACCAUUACUACCGAGAAUACUGCCACCGGUGGCUCUAGCUCUGCUUCCUCAACGGCCACAUCGACAACGUCUAGCAGCGGUGCCAUCAGCUUACACUCCAGCUCAUCUUUCGGCUCUUUCCAAGUGGCUGUUUACAUUGCCACUGCACUCCUGGCGGGUGUUGGAAUGAUCACUCUGUAA